AUGAUUCAUACCUUUUCUGUAUAUAAGACAUAUUUGGUUACCAGAUGCUAUAGAGUAUUCAGUACGACACGGAUAAUAUCAAAAGAGCUUCCAAGGCCGUCUCUGAAAUACAUGUCUGAUGUUGGUGAACAACCGGUUCCAUUGAGUGAGAAAGACAUUGCCGCCCAGGAAGUUUCAGACAUUGAUUUGCCACAGGCUACCUUGGAUGAAAAGGCUGAAAUAAAGAAGGCUAUGAAAAAAAGAUCUCUUCGAAUGACUUUUUGGCAAUUGUUUUUAGUCACAUUAUUAGGUAGUUCAACUUUAAACAUUAUGAGAGAGAGAAAUUUAAAGGAAGAACUAGAGGAGAACUUUGAUAAGAAAUUAACUGUUUUGGAAAAUCUUGUGAAAGAUGCAAAAGCAGGUAAGAUAACAGUUGAAGAUGUUCGUGCUUCCAUCGGUACUUGGAAUGAAAGGUUUGUUGAUGUUUUUGGGUUGCGGCCGAUUGUGAUUGAAGGUCCAGAGGGACUGGACAAAGAAAAAUUAAGAACAGCUUAUCAGAAGGUUAAGGGAAUAGAAUUAGAUACAGAGGAGCAUAAAAUUUUAAAAGAUUCCUCGGAAAACCCUAGAGAGAAGUUGGCUAAGUUUUUGUGA